AUGAGUGGCAUGGUAAGUGAACAAGUACCACCUAAAUCCAAAAAGAGUGGAAGUACUUCCAAUUCAACCCUCUCAGAGGAAAUGGUCACUCCGACAUUAGUUGAGAAGCACAUUGCUCUUGAAAAUGAGGAAGAAGAUAGGAAGCUGCCACCGAAUCUCAAGGAUCCUGUAAGGUUCUCUAUCCCUUGUGCUAUUGGAAAUAGAACUUUUGGGAAUGCCCUGUGUGAUCUUGAGGCUAGUAAAGAGUUGCCAUUAGAAAGAGUGUUAUGCCUACCCCAAAAUGUUGUUAAAGAAAGUGAAGAUCCAAAAAUGAAAGAGGUGUUAGCCAUGUUAGAAGAAUCACCAUCUUACUCCCCUCGUUUCCCUACUAGAUGGGAGAAGUUGAAAGGGGAUGAAGACGAGUCCUUAGAGAAAAAUAAAGAGAAAUCACAUAUUGAACUAAAGCAGUUGCCUCCUCAUUUGAAGUAUGUAUUCUUGGGUGAAAAAGAUAAGAAUUCAGCUAUCAUUAGUGCAAGCUUGAGUGAUUUACAAGAAGAUAAGUUGUUGAGAAUUCUGCAGAAGCAUAAGGGUGCCAUCGAUUGGUCCAUUGAGGACUUGAAGGGAAUAAGUCCGACUUUUUAUGGCUACUCGGGGUACAAUAAGAUAGUUGUGACAUCUGAGGAUCAAGAGAAAAUCACAUUUACAUGUCCGUAUAGGGUGUUUUCUUAUCAGUGGAUGUUGUUUGGGCUAUGUAAUGCACCUGCCAGUUUUCAAAGGUGCAUGAAUUCCAUCUUCUCUAAUAUGAUUGAGAAACAUAUCGAAGUAUUUAUGGACGACUUUUUUGUCUUUGGUUCAUCUUUUGAUAAUUGUUUGAUUAACCAAUCUCUUGUAUUAGAAAGGGGUGAAAAAUCUAACUUGGUCCUAAAUUGGGAAAAAUGUCACUUUAUGGUAAGAAAGGGAAUUGUGUUAGGCCACCGAAUCUCCCACAAGGGGAUCGAGGUUGACAAGCCCAAAGUUGAAGUUAUUGAAAAACUUUCCCCUCCUACCAACGAAAAAGGCAUUAGAAGCUUUUUAGCUCAUAAUGGAUUUUAUAGGAGAUUUAGAAAAGAUUUUUCUAAAGUUGCAAAACCGCUUACAAACCUACUUGUGAAAGACACACCUUUCAAAUUCAAUGAAGAUUGUUUGAAUGUUUUUAACAUUUUGAAACAUAAGUUGAUAACUGCUCCCAUUAUCACAGCACCUGACUGGUCACUACCUUUUGAAAUCAUGUUCGAUGCAAGUAAUAGUGCUAUUGGGGCAAUCUUCGGACACAUAAAAGAUAAGCUAUUGAAUAAUGGAUCAAAGAACAAUGUAGCUGACCACCUAUCUCGAUUGGAGAAAGUGGAGGAGAGUGAUGACACUAGACCGAUUCGAGACCAAUUCGAUGAUGAGAACAUCUUCGCAAUUGCCAAGGCACCUUGGUCCACUGAAUUUGCUAAUUUUAAGGUAGGUGAGGAAAUUCCAUCUGAUUUCACCUACCAACAAUGA